GCGUGAAAUUACAUAUUGCGUAAACCUCGGGGGCUCCUAUGAUUAGAGUAAGAGCAUCCAAGUAAAGGUCUUUGCUCCAUAUGACAGUAUAUACGCAUUGUAUUUUACUUUUACACGAUUUGUCAAUAUCAUUUGACUGGUGCAUUCCACCGAUCACAGCUAUCGUAAACUCCAGUCAAAUACCACCACUCAAAGUUGGACUUGGCUUGUAACAUGUCACUCAUGACGUAUUCUCUUUGAACUUCUCCUCUUUCUUGGAAAGAAUGAAUCUCCAAACCCACCACCUAUCUCCAAAGAAAAAUAAUAAAUAGAAGCUGCGAUUGUAUCAGUUACUUGCAUGUUGCAUCACUCUCAUCAUCUCUAGACUCUAACACACCAAGAAAGCAUCUCCAUUUGAACAUGAACCCCAUAACCGGCUCAGUCGAAAUGUUCUUCUUCCCCUUCAUAGGGGGAGGCCACCAGAUCCCAAUGACAGACACAGCAAGAGUGUUCGCAUCACACGGAGCCUCAUCAACCAUCAUAGCCACACCCUCCAACACUCUCCAAAUCCAAAACUCCAUCACUCGCGACCAACAAUCCGGCCUCCCCAUCACCGUCCACACCCUCUCCGCCGACAUAGCCGACACAGACAUGUCCGCCGGUCCCUUCGUCGACACCUCGGCUCUCCUCGAACCUCUGCGACAGCUCCUCCUCGAACGCCGCCCCGACUGCAUCGUCGUCGACAUGUUCCACCGCUGGGCCGGCGAAGUCAUGCACGAACUUGGAAUCCCCAGAAUGGUCUUCACCGGCAACGGGUGCUUCCCUCGCUGCGUCCAAGAAAACAUCAGAAACCACGUGGUGCUCGAGAAUCUAACCUCAGACUCGGAGCCUUUCGUUGUUCCUAAUCUCCCCGACAAAAUCGAAAUGACGAAGUCUCAGCUUCCCGUUUUUCUGAGAGGCCCAUCAAACAUCCCCGAUAGGAUGAAAGCCAUGAAGCAACUAGAGGAGAACAGCUUUGGCGCUGUUAUCAACAGCUUCCGUGACUUGGAGCCAGCUUAUGCUGAUAUCGUAAAAAAGCGAAACAAGGCAUGGCUUGUAGGACCAGUCUCCCUUUGCAAUAGAACCGCGGCGGAGAAAACCGCCAGAGGAAAGCCACCCACCAUCGACGAGCAAAAAUGCUUGAAAUGGUUGAACUCGAAGAAACCCAAUUCGGUUCUUUACAUCAGCUUCGGAAGCCUGGUUCAGUUGCCCCCUGAGCAGCUAAAGGAAAUCGCUUACGGUCUCGAAGCUUCUGAAAAAUCGUUCAUUUGGGUGGUGGGGAAGACCAGGGCGAGAACCCUCAAGGACCCAUCAGAAAAUGGAAGUGGUGAAAAGUGGCUUCCGGAAGGGUUUGAAGAAAGGAUGAGGGAUUCAGGUAAAGGGUUGGUUCUCAGAGGUUGGGCUCCUCAGCUGUUGAUUCUGGAGCACGGUGCGAUUGGAGGGUUUAUGACACACUGUGGAUGGAACUCGACUCUGGAGGGGCUGAGCGCAGGGGUGGCCAUGAUCACGUGGCCUGUCUCGGCGGAGCAGUUUUCGAAUGAGAAGCUGGUGACGGAGGUUCUGAGGGUUGGGGUGCAAGUGGGGAGCAGGGAGUGGGUGUCAUGGGAUGAGGAGUGGAAGGAGGUGGUGGGGCGAGAGAAGGUGGAGUUGGCGGUGAGGCGGUUGAUGGCGGAGAGCGAGGAGGUUGAGGGAAUGAGAAGAAGAGUGAGAGAGAUUGCAGGUAAAGCCAGAAGAGCUGUUGAAGAAGGUGGAACUUCUUACGCUGAUGCUGAGGCCUUAAUUCAAGAGCUUAAGGCUCGCAGAUUGGCCAAGGAAGAAGGUUAGAAGAAUUUUGAUUUUUGAAUGACAAGAGAAAACUAGAAAGUGUCCCUUUGCUUACCAAGAGCUGGUUUUCGUGGCAUGUACGUAAGAAUAAAAGCUUGUCACCUUCUGGAAAAUUUGAAAUCUAAUGCUAGCUACGUGCCUCUAUAUAUAUAUACACAAACAACGAAUAAACAAAAAAUUACAAAUACAUGUUAUUUUAGUCAAUGGCGUUAGGGUUGUAAGACCUGCCCUCUUAUGAUUGAUAUUUUAUUGGCGGUAAGGAUAAAUUAGUUAUUUAUUGUCAAUGUUAAGAAAUUGUGUACAUCAUGUUUAUGGAUAUCAUGUAUUAUUGAAUUUAUCGCAUAAAAUUUAUUUAUUAUUAUCAUUUUUCA